AUGAUUGAUGCACGUGUGAAUCAUCGAGGAGAGCAAGAUCAGUCUCCAUUUUAUACAGAUUCAUUGAUAUUAACGGUGAAAGGUUUGAAUCUGUCGUAUGGUACAAUUCUGACGACCUUCACAACGAUCGACAUGUCAUCCAACAGAUUUUCGGGCAGUAUCCCAAACUCCGUUGGAAAUUUGAAUUCCUUGAUGUAUUUGAAUCUGUCUCACAACUGCCUCACAGGAAAUAUACCUGCAUCUUUUGGAAAUGUGACAGAACUCGAGUCGUUGGACCUGUCCGCAAAUCGAUUGGAAGGGGAAAUUCCAACAGAGCUAACGAAGCUCACAUUUCUUGCUGUGAUAAACCUUUCCAUGAAUGAUCUUUCAGGGAAGAUACCUCAAUCCAAUGGCCAGUUUUCCACAUUUGAAAAUACAUCAUUUGUUGGGAAUUCUGGACUUUGUGGAUUUCCGUUAACCCGAAAAUGUGAAGAGCCUUCGCCUCCUGUGAUGCUGCAAGAAGAUGGUUAUGAUGAUUAUGGUAUUCUAGAUGGAUUCUGUUGGCAGGCGGUUGUUUCCGGAUAUGGAUUUGGUUUCAUUUUACAGGAUAAAGAUGAGAAGCCGUGGAAGAAAUGUGGCACCACAAAGAAGAAGAAGAUACAAAGGUUGAGCCUUUGA